CUUCUCCUUGGGAAAUUAUUAGGAUGGCUUCUACGGUUUGGUUUCAUAGAAAAGCGAUGUGGCUGGAAACGGAGACCGAGGCAAAAUAUGGAGGUGGAAGAACGUGUUACAAGCAGUGGAUAUAGGAAGGCUGAAGGUGUAGUACCACCAAAAUUUGCCAAAUGCAGCAAUAAUGCAUACAUCCAAUGACAUAAGGUUCUAUCGGCGUGGGCACCCACUCCCAACCCUUUGUUCAAAGUAUAAAAGCCCGGCCAUUCUGCACUUCAUUUUAUCCUCAUCAAUCACAUUAUAUCAAACAUGGGUCUUUUCGAUACUUUCUCUCAACACCACGACGAAGUCUACAACACUGAAGGUCACAAGUCUAGCUGGAGCCACGAACUUAUUGGUGGAGCCGCUGGUUUCGCUGCCAUGAAGGCCUAUGAAGCCAAGGAGGCCAGAGAAGGCAAGCCCCAGAGCCAUGCUUUCGCCAAGGAGCUCAUUGCUGGUAUUGCUGCCGCUGAAGCUGACAAGCUCUUCGAGACCAAGGGUCUUAACUUCAUUGACCGCGAGAAGGCCAAGCACGAAGCCAAGAACAAUGCUAUCAAGAUGUACGAGGAGAAGUACGAGCAGUAAAUUUACCCACCAUACCACUGCUGUCCGUCCUAGCUAUUCUCACUGUAAAAUAGUUGUGAAUAUUAUUCCAUAUCAAAUAUAAAAGGACACGAUCUUUUUUGUAAAAUUCAGACCAAC